CAGGCAUUCAUGCUGUCGAUGGCUAUGAUACGUCCUGUUGCUCUGAGUCUCAUAAAAGCACUCGAUUUAGCAUUGAGUCCUGGGGCGCCUGCCUGCCUGCCUGUCUGCCUGUCUGUCGCCGCUUCAUUCACUGCGCUUGCCGUGUCACACCCUCAUCGCGCCUCGCAGGGCAACCAGCGUGCUAAGCAGAGAUCUGGCACACAUUUCGAUGCAUUCAUAAGAUUCGCUGUACAUUUCACGCGCUCGGUCGCAUUGUUCGCAGGCAGGCUUCUGCAGAGCUACUGUAUGCCAGUGAGUCAUGCAUCUGAUCUACCUCAAGAACUGACGCCAGGACACGCUCCAAACACACACGAACUUAGUCAUAGCAUACCCCAAAAAAUCUCUGUCACUUGCUUUCUCUCGCUAUCCGCCCGUCGCCAAAAACUCAAGACGGCCAAAAAGACAUUCAUUGGACCUUCGCCAAGGCAACAGAUGAAUGGGGCAUGCCUGUCCAUGCCUCUCCUCUCUCUCUCAGUCUGUCUCGGACGUUGAGAGACGUUGACUACAUGAGCAGCGCUCUCUCACUCGGAAACGCCGCAAAAUGCCUCUCUUGCUCACUCUCUGCCAUGCAGUCAAGAAGCGAUAACAGCACCCACCCCAUCUCACAUCAAUCCACUGCUCAUCCAUCUGACUGUACACACAUAACCGCAGCCACCGGCCCAACUGCACUCCACUCCCAUCCCCUCCCCUCUUCCUAUUGAACAUCACGAAGAAGACACAGCAGCCCUCUUCCUCUCACGCUGCCCGGUCGUCUUGGCCCCAUUGAUCUUUACACGCCACCCGUUGACGGACAUCGCUUCGCUCACGCCUCCACUCUCGUCGUCCUCCUUCAUGGCUCCGGGCGCGCUGGGCGCCUCAGGCGGCGAAGGCAGGGUGAGAAUGCGGCUGGGGAAGACGCCCUUCUUGGAGCACACCAUCCGAAGACUCUGUUCCAUCGUGGGGUGACACGCCAGCAGACACAUGGUGGUCUGGGGACGCGGGAUGCCGUCGGCCGCAAGGAUGUUCUGCAUGUACCCCUUGCGCACCUCCAGUGCGUCGAAGGAGUGGCUGACGGGGCCGCGCGACACGCACGGCACCACUUCUGUGCCCCGCUCCACCCACUGGGCGUAACGGCCGCGAUAAGGCAGCGAGUCAAUGCUGCGGGCGGCGCAGUAAAUGACCACACGAUGAGACCCACUCUGAUGGAUGAGGGAGCUCUCCAGCAAGGCGCGCAGGGGGCCGAUGUUGGCCUCGGUUGCGAAGAGCAAGAGGGUCGUGACCGCGUAUUUGCCGCUCGAAGUGAGGAAGUCGCCGAUGGCAAUGCCCUCGCCCUCAGGACGCGUCAGCUGACACACACAGACAUGUACAGACCAGACGAGAAGUAAGCGACGAUAACGGACGACGAUGCCAUUCGUACGUACCUGAAUCGGUGUGUCAGGGUCUGCCGUAGCGAGCCACUGCAGCUCUUUGCACUUGACUCGCCUCCCCGAAUCCGACCUCGUGUACUCCUUGAUGAGGAAGUCCAGCCGUCGUGAUGCUCCCUCCCUCUCACCGCCACUCGACUUCACUGGAGCAAGCAGACCCGGCGGCGGGCUAGAAAUCGGCAGCGUGACCACUGAGCCACCGCUUGCUGGCGCAAGGUGCGCAUACAUGCCCGGCGUGGUGUAGCUGUCGAGCAUAGAGGGCGGCACCUCCACUGUCACGUGUCGGUACCCCUCUCCGGCGGGCACCGAUACGACGACACGGCCAGUGUGCCAGUCAGCCGAAGAUGGACGCGGAGACUGUGCUGGGGGUGAAGAACUGGGGCCGGCCAGACGAGUGGACGGCUGGCUUUGCAAGGCAUCAUCAGAGGAUCGCGAGAGGGCUGCCGGCGUCCAGCUGUUGUCAUCCAGGUCCAUGUCGUCCUCCUCGCUGCCCAGCAUAUCGGCCGCCUCGCCCACCCCUGUGUCGAUGGUCUCAUAGAGCUUGGAAAGCUGCUCCUCCCGCCACGUCUUGGCCAGCUCCCGGGCGUUCUGGAUCCCAUGCUGGCUCGCAUAGAACCUCGCCGACUUGCGGGUGCUGCCGAUGAACACCACGGCCUCAAAAGCCUUGACCUCGGGCUCCCAGAACACACCGAUCGGAUCAGGAUCCUCGCCGGACACAUCCAGCGACAGCGUGUCGAGUGAGGGGACGGGUUGGGGGAAGGAGAGGGGCGCCUCACGGGUCAUCUCCGAUGGCAGAAUGGGCUCGGAGGCAUCGACCCGCUCGUCGAGUGACAGCCUCUGGCGCUUACCCGUCGCCUUGGCCUUGGCGGGGAUGCGGAUCUCUCGGGACCGCUUGGCCUUGGUGGACUUCUUGGCUUGGGGACGACCCAGCUUCACGCAGAGCAGGUCUCUGAGCUGCUGUCGCUUCUCCAUUAGCAGCGGGCUGUUGCUGAAGUCAGUCGAAGCUGUUAUGGGGUCGUCAGUCUCGAGUGGCCGUGGGUUGAGGUACGAGUCCAUCUUGGUCAGCUGCUCUAGCCGCCUCUCCCGCACCUGCUCGGCCGCGUCGAUCUGCCCCUCCAGCUGCACAAUGCGGGUGACACAGUCCUCAAGCUCCCGCAUCCUCGUCAAGCCGAUCUUGAAGCGGCUCUCGAUCUCUAACAGCGCUGCCUCGUCGACGCCUUCAAGCAGGGCGGUGUCGGUGGCAUUGGCGAUGUCUGGUGGAUCAUCGGUGCCCAAUAGGUGGGACAGGAAAACCCCAACUAGAUCGGGAACCUUUAAUCUGUAGGAUGCAGUCACACCAGGACAGACAAUGGGGGUCUUCCUUCCUCUUUUCGAGAGUCUGGCUAAAGUGACCUGUUCCUCAGGUAGCCGCGUUCGUUCUUGGAGCGCCGGUCGUUAGUCACCGUGUCGAGGAUCUGAUCGUAGACGCCCAUCAGCUCCUCCAUCUGGCGGCUCGGCCGGGACUCUCGAAGACCCAGCGACACCGGCUGAGGUCCCACCAGCCCUCCCUCCUUUUCGACUGAAAAAAGGCAUCAGCAAAGGACUCGUGUGUGAAGACGCAUAAGAGGGGCCGGUGGUGGCUUUGCUCACCUGAUGCGGCGUCAGUACUCGGCAUGAGCACUUGUGGCCCCGAUGCCAGCGCGAAUUCGUCGGUCGACACGUAUUUGACGUAAGGCGUCUUGCCGGUUGUCUCGACAAUCUCGGCUACCCGCCUCUCCGUCUCCUGCUUGAUCUCGUCGGCGGUGGGUUCACGACCGAGCUCCUGCGACGGACACAUACAGUGGGUGAAGGGCUGAUGGUAUCCUGUGUGCCCCCGAGCUGUUGCCUACCGCUUUCAGGUCUCUGAAGAUCUCGUUCCUCAGUCCGAGUGACCUCAUGAGCAGGACGGUGAUGGGCAUGGCCCGCUCCUUGGCCAUGCACACCUGGAGGGCCUGCUUCACCUUUGUUGUGAUAACAGUCGCCAGCUUGAACCCACGGCGGUACUCGUACGCAUCGACGGCCGAUGACACGCCACGGAUGGCAGCCUGAAGGGACACACGCACACGCAGAGAGAAGGCAUCCAUCGACACGGAUGCAGGAAGGCGAGGGCAUGCAUCCUCACGUACCGCGAUCAGGUCGGAGACGUAGACCAUUCUGGUGGUGAAGUAGGGCUCAGCGAGCCUGUAAGCCAGCCGCAGGUUGUGCCGUGUGAGCUGGCUCCUCGCGUAGCCUCCCUCCACCUCAAGGGCCAACAGAUACCGACUCACACGCACACCGUGGGCAUUCUACCGUGUCAACAAACCACAGAGACGAGAAUGGGUCAUGUGUGAGUGCAUAGAUUUGCCGGGAACAAGUGAAGCUCUCACCCUGAAUCGGUAGAACCACGAGUCGAGCUCCUCGAGGUUGAAGACCCUCUCCUCGGUGCCCGCCGCAUCGAUGCAGAGCUUCAGCAGCGGGGGGAUGAGAGCGCGGGUGGCCAGCGACAGGUUGGUCAGGGCCUUCUUGACCUCCUGCUGAGAGAUCGACGUCUCACCCUGCGACUGAGACCGCUCCUCGAUGUAAGACAGCAGCUCGUCGUUAAAGGGCUUGUCCAAGACGUCACGCACGCGCCUGCAGCGCAAUGCACCCAUCCCGCGCAUGAGGUCCGUCCAGCUUUCCGUGAGUGCGUGCUUACUGGUCCAUGAUGUUGUGUUUGAAGCCGGCCUCUUUGUCCAUGCCGAAGUAGUCAAGCAUGGCAUUGUAGUAGGGCAUUAGCGACACCAGCUCCCUAAUGAGCUCAGGGAGGAUGUCGACGGGCUGUACUUCCAGCAGCUCCUUCCACAACGACGCCCUGAACCGACCGCCCGUCGCCUUGCGCUGCUUCUCCCACUUGGUCUCGCGGGCACGGACCUCCAAUCCACGCACAAACCUGCAAACGGAAGACGGCGCGACACGUGCAUCAGUGGAAGGUUGAUGUGCUUCUUGACAAAAAACUCACCUGCCGAUUUCCAUCCGCAAAGCGAGCUUCUGCACUUCUUUCGGAGGCAGCGGCGGGAAGGCCCCCAAGACGGCACCGAACUGGGACAGGGACACCCUCUCAGCCUCGCUCUGGAAGUUGGCCCCCGGGGGGAACUGCCACUCCCUUCCAACCUCCUCCCUGACCGUCUCCCGCCGCCGCCUCUCCUCUGCCUUGGUCAGGCCUGACGCCUGCAGUACCAACACGCCGCCAUUCUCCACAGAGAGACUCACUCCAGCAGAUGACUCGAGGUCCGACGCCAGCUCGGCCACUCGUGCGGUGGGAUAGGACGUGUCAGACGCCUGCGACUUGUCGCCGGACAGGGAGACGAACUUGUCGUAGGAAGAGCCGCUUGGUGACCCUUUCCCCUUGGGGCGAAAGACGGAAACAAACUGGUCUUCCUCGGGGCGGAAGACGGCGCUCAUCUCGACCUGGAUGGGGCUCUCAUCGUCUUCCCCACCGUCAGCCCAACGCGGCACCGUGGGGGUCGGCUCAAGCAGCCUGGCCGCCAGGUCCUGUGCCGACUCGCGCCGAUAGGCCGGGAAGACCUCGAAAACCUCGUCAUACCGCCCUCGAGGCUGAGGCGCACUGGCAACAGGGGAUGUCACAUUGCCGCCCAUCAGCUGAGUGGAGAGCGCUGCGGUCUGUGUGCCGGCAGUGAGGGACGCAAGCUGCAGCUCGGGCAGGAAGGCGCUGGAGGGAAGAAUGGGCGCUGCGGGGGAGGGGUCGGGCAUGAUGCCAGCCGCGGACGCCGCGGAUGGGCGAUCACGGAACUGAGGGAUCUCCUCUGUGGGAAAGGGGAAAGGCAACCAAGCAAGCCGGUGUGCGUGAAGGACAUGGGGUACGGCUCUUGACGUACCAGUGCUGAUGUUGUAUUUCUGCAUGAGUGAAAGCGCCUCAUCCUCGGUGAUCUUCCCAGUCCGAAUCUUCCUGCGCACGCACAAAUACGCAGCACAAAAGGCCGUGCCAUGUCGGACACUCACUGGCUAUCACCUCACCCCUCCCUCACCUUUCGAAAUGAAUGAGGACCAUCUUUCGCUGCUCGGCGGUCAAAAAAUCCUCCCGGGCAAAUCUGGCCUGACCGCUGGCUGACCUCCUCAUACCCCCCCUCCUCUCCUGGUCCUCGUCUGUGUCUUGCUUCUCCUCAGAGAAGAAAUUAUCCCACACCCAGCCGAGAAAACCGUCAAACUUGCGGCUCCUGGCGGACUGGAAGGUCACAGGGGCCCGCUUGCGACUCGUGUCAGUCUUGGACAGGCCGCGGCGUGGGUCCGGGGGGAUGAGGGAGGGCAGGAAGGCUGUCUCCAUUCGCUGAUGUGGCCGCACACAGACAGAUGAGGCGAACAGAAGGACGAGC